UGGCCGGGGCCGGCGCGAUGAGCCGGGCCGGAGCGGCGCCGGGAGUGGCGGACGCGGUGCGGGGGCUACGGGUGGACGGGCUGCCCCCGCUGCCCAAGAGCCUGAGCGGGCUGCUGCACUCGGCGUCGGGCGGCGGCGCGUCGGGGGGCUGGCGACACCUGGAGCGGCUGUACGCGCAGAAGUCGCGCAUCCAGGACGAGCUGAGCCGCGGGGGCGCGGGCGGCGGCGGGGCGCGGGCGGCGGGGCUGCCCGCUAAGCCUCCCAACCUGGACGCUGCGCUGGCCCUGCUCCGCAAGGAGAUGGUUGGCCUCCGACAGCUGGACAUGUCCUUGCUCUGCCAACUCUACAGCCUCUACGAGUCCAUUCAGGAAUAUAAGGGAGCUUGCCAGGCAGCCUCCAGCCCGGACUGCACCUACGCCCUGGAGAACGGCUUCUUCGAGGAGGAGGAGGAAUAUUUCCAGGAGCAGAACUCCCUCCACGAUGGGAGGGAGCGGGGCCCUCCGAGGGACCUGCCGCUCCCUGUGUCCCCGCUCUCCAGCAGCGACUGGAUUCUUGAGUCCAUCUAGAAAGGGGUCUCCGCACAGAGGCCACGGCUGCUACCAGACAGCCAGCAUUUGCUUCUCCUCCUGAAGAAAGUUCUUCUGCUCCUCCAUCAUGGGCGGUCGCUGGGUGUGAGCGGCCGGUGCUGCCAGUUUAAUCUGGAAGACCCACGUGGCAGUGUGUUCUGAUGGCCGGAGUUUGUACCUUGUGCCACAUCCUCGGCACCGCGCUGCUCAGGCACUUCUGCCAAGGAAAGAUCUUCCUGCAUCUGUUCCCCGGGGAAGACCCUAUGGGGCAUUUUGCUCAAAGCCACUGUUACUGGUUCCUUCCUUAUGGGUGGUGGACGGUUUGCAUUGUAGGAACUGCCUCUGGGUUGCAACAUAGGGAAACUAACACUUUGCGGCUCCCCUUCCACGGUGCAUUCGGCGGCCUUUCUCGCUUUCAUCUUGUGAGCAUCGAAGGCUCUUGAAUUGGACUUUAUCUGUAAGCUGCACUGCUAACAGCCUGGGUGACUCGGUGAAAGCUUUUUACCAAAAAAGUAAAUGUUUCAGGUCAUACUCAUCGACUGCAUUCUCUUAACCUGUCGAAACAACUCGUAGCCUUUGUCUGUCUGAUGGAGGGGGAGGGAGACACACAGAGAUGUGUGACUGUUGGAAAAGGGAACCUGGGGCAAGCUAAUGUCUGUGUCACUCACUGAAAGGCGGCAAAUGUUUUUUGUUCUGGAAGAUUCUGAACAUAAGCUAGUAUAUUAGCAACUGCCUCUUCCACUCAACAACAAUGAUCACCUUAAGCCUUAAUAUAUUUAUUAAAAUCCUUUAGGAACACUUUACACUUUGUAGGUUAAAAAAUGAGGAUAAAAUGAUAACCUCUCUCUGA